AAAUUAAUUUGGGCGAAGCCCGUAAGAAAUUGGAUAAGCUAGAAUUCUGAAAUUCUUCUUUCUUCUACUCUGCGGAGGUGGACUCUGGAGCAAUACAAAAUUGUUCAUCAGAAAACCAUUUCCAGUAGCCGCCAUGACCACAGAUAUCGCAAUCAACCCGGAACCAGUUCAAUCAUUCUUCUCCAAGCUCGAGGCUCGUAAGGCCCUAUUCUCUACCAUCACAGACACCCACAAAACCCUAACAUCCCACUUCUCCGCGAUCGACCUAGCUCUCUCUCAGAAAUCCGAAACCCUCGAUUCUCGGAUCACAUCCUUGCGAAAUGAUACUUUGAAUUCCCUCCGAGAUUUGCAGAACCGAGAGGACGGAAUCCCGGAGCGAGAAAUAUGCAUGGCCGCCCGGGUUCAGGAGCUCAAGGCAUCGGCUGUCGCGGAGAUCGAGAGCCCGGAGACGGCCCAGAAGUUGAAGGAGAAGAAGGUCUCGGAUAUGCUUAGAUUUUACUGCAGAAUAAUGGACGCCAACGGGCUCAUGAAGUUUCUUUUCCAGCACCGGAGGGAUACUGCUGCUUUGCGAGCUGAGGUUUCUGAUGCUCUACAAGAAUCAGUCGACCCCAUGAGACUGGUUUUGGAUGCUGCGGAGGACUAUGUGGGAAUGAAAGUAGAGGGGAAGGUUGGCAUGGCAGAUAGGAGGCGAGCAUGUUCGAUGCUGAUUCAGUCUGUUAUGCCACUAAAGGAAGAGUGCGGUGUUGUGUCAAGGACCUUAAAGGAAAGGGCUGUAUGUGCUCUAGAGAAGUGGAAAGAUGUUCUUGGGGAUGGUGACAGGAACAGCGGGACCCGGCCAAACGAAGCGUCAAUGUUUUUACAGAUUGUUGUUGGGUUUGGGUUAAAGCAGGAGUUUCAGGAGGAUUUCUUAAGAAAACUGGUUGAGAAAUUUUCCUCCAGGAGGGACAUGCCAAAACUUGCUAUAGCUUUAGGCUUUGGGAAAAAAAUACCAGAUAUUAUUGAUCAGCUGGUGAAGAAUGGGAAGGAGGUUGAGGCAGUAUAUUUUGCUUCUGAGGCGGGAUUAACCAAACAGUAUCCUCCGCUUCCACUCCUGAAGGCGUCACUAAGGAACUGCAAAAGAAAUGCUAGAGAGGUUUCAAAGAAGGGAAACUUUAGUGCUGCUGCUGUGGAAAAGGCCAACAGUUUAGAGUUGGACGCCACCAAGGCGAUCAUGCAGUGUGUGGAAGAUCUCAGGCUUGAACCCGAAUUACCCAUAGAUGGGCUUAAAAAACGAGUAGAGCAGCUAGAGAAUGCCAGGCUUGAGAAGAGAAAGAGCGCAUUGCCUCCAAGCAAGCCUUCAAGAAAGCGUGACCGGGAUCGCGAUCGCGACCGUGCUCGUGCACGUGCCCAUGGCACUACCCUGUCUUCCUCCCGCCCACCUAAAGCUGCAAGGUUUUCUACUCCUUCAGGUUCCACCUAUCCUCUUAGAAGUACUCACCGAACACAUUUAGCUCCACCCCCCGCAGUGGCCCGAUACCCCGUUGGGUCGUAUAGUUACCCGCCAAAUCACGGGGGCGUAUAUGAUGGGCAUGUCCCGCCAUCAUACAUGCCUCUUUAUAACGACACCCAUCCACAAAGCCCCGUUUCGUACCCGAAACAGUAUGGAUACCCUACCACAGAUGUCACAUCUGUACAGGGUGGUGGUGUUGGUGGUUCCGGACAUUACGGAGUUCAGGGAAGCUAUGCAGAGAGUCCAGUUGCGGCCACACAACAAUAUGGGUACGCUCCUCCACCAGAGGUCGCGGGAGGUGUUGCACUACGGGGUGACGUUACUGCACACUAUAUCAGAACAGCGGCCACGGGAGGAACCUACGGGGGAAGUACAGCCCCGCCGGCUUCUCAACAUUAUGGAUAUUCUCCCCCGCGGGUAGUACAAGAUGGGACAACAGCUACAUAUGAAGCACCAGGGGCCCCACAUGGUCUGCCAAGUGAGUAUGCUGCUGCUGCAUAUGAUUAUGGGGCCGCAGCCGCGGCUUCUAUGACUGCGUACCCAACAAACUCUUACCAAAACCAACAGCAGCAAUUCUAAAGAGGCAUGAGGAGGAACCUAUAGCUGUCCACAUUUUGAUGUGCUUAUUCUGCUGUUACAUGAAUACAUGCCGUGAAACCUAAUAUCUAUUGGUAAUUCAUGAGUUCAUAUGACAAUUAUUGCUAUCAAAUGAUUCUUUCUUUGGUAAUAUAAUCCAACUCUGAUUGCCCGGAUAUGGUGCCCG